AUGACUAAAGUGGAAAACUACGUCAAAAUGAACAAGCCAAAGUAUAACAGCAGCGGAAAUUACCAUCAUAAGCAGGCGAGAGAAGGUCAGGUCAGUUCGAAUGAUUACGUGAGUCAUAAUAAUUACUCCUACGUGUGUAACAACACGAGUGGGAAUUACAACCCAGGGAAGAUACAUCAGCACCAGUCUGCCAAUGGGAGGUACCACAAAAUGGGUUACAACGAAGGGAGUGGCGACUACCUACCGAGGGGUAGAACUUAUCGGAGCAACAACGGGGUGAGUAACACUGUAGGCACCGGGAUAUGCGAGGAAGAGAUAGUGCACCCACAGUAUAACAAAAGAAACGGAGGAAAUCGCUACCAUGACGGUGUUGCACCCAGCGCGAAUGGAUUCAAAACGGUGCCAAAUGAUCCACUGGGGAGGAGUCCUAACGGGGUGGGAGAAUCUAACGGAGCGACGGAAAAAGAGCCCGAUGUAGAAGGAAUACAUAAGGAGAUCUACCCAAAUGGAAAAGGCCAAAAUUGGACACGAAGAACGAACAACCGCGUGGGGAAAAGUUACCCCUCCAGGAUGGUGGCGCCGAGGAGUGGUCCGGCGGAAUACGCCGGAAGGGCUCAAGCGGCGUUAAGCCAAAGUGGCCUUCAAAAUGGGCUUCAAAAUGGCCUACAAAAUGGGCCUCAAAAUGGCCUACAAAAUGGGCCUCAAAAUGGGCUUCAAAAUGGCCACCAAAGUGACGAACAAAGCGGCACCCCAAACGGAGUGGAAGUCAAAGUGAAAGGCGAAAUUGACAGCCAACAGGAGAAGCACCACGUUAUGGAGAUGAACGACAAGGAGAAUCCAAACGCCUUUUCCACCAAGGGGAGGAGAAAAAACAACGGCCGCUACCUGAACGGAUAUAAGGGAGGCUCAAAUUACGUGCAUAACUCCGUGAGCAAUCGCUCCUCGAACUACUUCGGCGGGGGAAGCUUCAGCCACGGAUACGGUCAGGGCUACGGUCAGGGAUACGGUCAGAGCUACGGUCAGGGCUACGGCCAAAGUAACAGUUACGGGUACAACCAAAGCAACGGCCAAAGUGGCGGCUACGGGUACAGCCAGAAUUACAACCAUAAUUACAGCCAGAAUUACAGCCAGAAUUACAGCCAGAAUUACAGCCAUAAUUACAACCAUAAUUACAACCAGGGGUACAACUACAACCAUAGCAACUACAACCACAACAAUUACAAUAACAACCACAACAGCUACAAUAACAACCACAACAGCUACAACAACCGCAGCCACCACAACGACACCCGGGGGGACAGCCAAAGUGCCAACUGCGAGGCGAGGGCAGCUGCGAAGGUCAGCAGCGGUGCAGAAGACCCACUCGGUGAAUGCACCGACCUUUCCGUAGUGCAGAAGGAAAGCCCUCAAAAUGGAGGCGUAUCUAAGAGUGAUAAUUGCGUCUCCGUUAGCUCUCCAAGCAAUCACUUGGGAACCACAGCUAAGACGGAUGUAGUAGAAGCAGUCGACCUGACCAAAGGAGGCUGCAACGAAAGGAAUGGCAUGUAUUCUAAACCCUCCGAUGUAGUAGUGGACACACAGGUGUGCUUGAAUAUACCAAAGGAUGCAAAUCAGCAGAGCGAUAAUUGUGAUGGGAACAAAAACACCUACGAUGGAAGUUGCAAGAGUGAGGAGAGCCGACAUGGUAAUCAUCAAGUCAGCGGAGGUGGCGACCUGUGUGACAAUGACACAGUUUCCAAUCAGGUCGACAUAGAAGAACAUUUUAAAAAUGGCAAGUGUGAUGUUGUGGAGGUACUUAGGAAGGACCAAUGUAGCAGUAGAGAAGACCUGCACACCAAUGGAAGAAGCCAUGUAAUGGAAAGCUCUCCUUAUGUGCAGGCAAAUAAUGGAGUGUCCAGAAAAAAUCCCAACGGUAACCACUCAUCAGUCCCGUUUAAUAAAAAUUGUGCAGGUAGGAGGAAGGCACUAAAUAGAAGUCACCCCCCUGUGUGUAGCUCCAACUAUGAAAUUAACAUCAAUGGGAAUUUCUGGAGGGGGAAGAAUACCCUAUGUAAUGGCAGUACUGGUGAAACUCGUUCGGAUGAUCCGAAUGGGAGGAAGGACCCAUUUCCAGGACCUCCCACAACAACACAUAAGGGUUACAAACGUAGAGAGUGUGCAAACGGGAGUAUAAAAACGCUUGUUGAUAAUGACCUUGUGACGAAUCCACAGAGGGACUACCUACAGAGCGUUACGCAGUUGGACAGUACCCACUCGUUUGACGAGAAUAGCACCGUGACGAAAGAGUAUGGGGUGUCAGGGAAUGGAGUCCCUCCGGUGGGGAAUCUUUGUGGUAGGACAUUAAGGGAGGAUGGAGAAUGGGAGGCGUCUCCAGGAGGGGAGGAGCUUCAUCAGGAGGGGUUCUACGUGGAUGGUGUGUGUUGUCCGGAUGGGAAGACAACCAUAGGGGGAGAUGACACUUUGAAGAAGAACCUACCUGUGGAUACUAUGCCCAACGGGGUAGGAGAAGCAGCAGUUGUGUGUGUUGAGGCGAGGCAGUGCUUUGAUCAUGUAGGAGGAAGUCAUGGUGGCGAUCGAGCUGGGAACCCCUUUCCGAGGCGCCUUUCAAGCCGUAUCGCGAACCAUGAGGGCGGAAAGGCGGACACGGUGGUAGGGGGUUACCCCUCAGGGGGGGGCGACUACAACCGAGAGGGUGGGAGUUACAACCCAGGCAGUUACAACCCAGGCAGUUACAACCAAGGCAGUUACAACCAAAGCAGUUACAACCCCGGUGGAGCGCUCUCCUUCCAUGCGGCGCAAGAACCACCAGAAAUGCACAAAAGCGGGGCUUAUAAAAAGCAAAACAGCGUGUUCCCCCCAAACGCGCUUAAGCGACAUGGGAGGAAUUUAAAAGGAGGCAAGUCCCAAUUCCCAAGCAUGCACGAAUGUUUUUUCUCAUCAAAUAAAGGGAAAGGGGGGUCUACUCGGAGGAGUGAACCCGUUGGAGGAGUAGACGAAGGGGAUAGGGAGUUCCUUCUGGGCGAACCAGUGUGUGGCAUGACAAACGAGGGGACAGUCUUUGUAGGAGAUUCCAGUUACACAGAUGGGUCUCCAUUUUGUGUUAAAAGGAAGAUACCGCCGAGUAAAGGUGCAGUGGAAUGUUGCAAUUACGACGCGGGCGAGGUGCAUUCUGGAGACGGCAAGCCCAAGUAUGAUAAACAGGACGAGUUUGCUCUCACGACGGAUAGCACAAUAAUGAAUUGCUACAGAGCGGAAUUGAAGACGCACAAGGAGGAGGUUCUCCAAAUCGGUGAGAGCAGUUCGGCUCGAGAUAAGGGUUCCCUUUUGGUGAACCCUAACCUAACCCAGGUUAGGAGCAGUGUGCGUCUGAACUUGAGCAUGCCGAUGAAUGGCUGGAAGAAAGAACCCAUCUUAAGGAGGCCAAAAAAGGGAAGCGCUGUGGAGAAACUUAAACGGUCGAUCAUGGGCGGAGAUGCCGGGGCCACCAAAAAGGGGAGAGGCGUGAUUGGGGGGGUGGUCAAGGAGGAGGAGCACAUCAUGGGUCGUAGCGGCAACAACGGCCAUGGAGAGCAGCAAGGUGGGCAGCAAGGUGAGAAGUAUGACGAGCAGCAUGGAGAGCAGCAUGGAGAGCAGCAUGACGAACAGCAUACCGAGCAGCAUACCGAGCAGCAUACCGAGCAGCAUGCCGUUCAACAGAGACCGGGUCGGGCGAACGCACCAAAUACCCCCCCAAAGCACCGUAGGUCUAGAUCGGAGAAUAUCCUUUGCUACCAAAAUAAUGACUUAAAAAAUUUAGAAGUAGCAAUGAUCAAACCCCACAUGGAAAAGUUCAAGCGGGCGGUAAAUGUCAACGGAUUCAGGUCCAUCCUGGAAAGGGUUUUAAUUAGCUACGUCGAUGUGGAUGUGGUGGAGGGUGUGUCCAGGAUUUUUGAUGUACCUAGGGUGCAAAUGAAGGAGCAUCAGAGGGGGAAGGCCUACUGGGCAUUUGGUGAAGCAACGCCUGUUUGCAGUUACGUGGAGAGUGGCAAAGGGGAGAGGGAAAAAAGGAUCGGAUCAGUGCACACAGGGGAGUGCUCUCCGGAAAACAAAGCGGCAGUCACGCAGAUCGGUGCAGUUAAAACGGACAGUGGUGAAAAGGACAAGGCGAUUUACUUCCCCGGAGAUCAUUUUAACUAUGGCAGUAAUAUGAAAACGCAGAACACCUUUCUUUGCUUACCAACCCAGAGGGACCUGCUUCUGGACGGAGACCCCAAGACAGAUGAGGACGAUGCGGCUGAUGCGGCUGAUGCGGCUGAUGCAGCUGAUGCGGAUGAGGCGCAGUGGGAAGACAGGCGGGUGAAUUGUAGCACUGGAGAGGAAGAAGCUGCCCCCCUUGAGGGAAUGGUCAGAGGGGCGUUCCUGAACAGGAGGGACUGUGUGGGUGGCGCCGACGCGUGCGCAGGGAGUAGCCGUGCAAGCGUUAAUUGCGGCAGAGUAGGCAACUACGGUGAGCGCGGCCAUUACGGUGAGCGCGGCCAUUACGGUGAGCGUGGCCAUUACGGUGAGCGUGGCCAUUACGGUGAGCGAGGCCAUUACGGUGAGCGAGGCCAUUACGGUGAGCGCGGCCAUUACGGUGAGCGCAGUCAUUACGGUGAGCGAGGCCAUUACGGUGGGAGAGGUCACCGAGGAGGGAGAGGUCACCACGGAGGGAGAGGUUACUACGGAGGGAGCGGCCAAUACGGAGGGAGCGGCCAAUACGGAGGGGGCAGCCACUACGGAGGAAACUACGGGAGGCGUGGCAACUACCACCGAGGUGACGUGCACAACGAAGUGGUCACCCGCGACAACCUGUUCAAGUAUGUCCCCCAGGAAAUAACUCCCCUACAGAGCAACCUAACGGAUGGAAAGACCACCAGCAAUUACUCCAAGAAUGACGUACUGGGAAACAACACCUAUAGCGAAAGGGGUGUAAUUCAAAAUGACUUUAUGUUAAGUAGAAUAUCACCCACAGGCACGGGUACCACCACCACGGCGACAAUAACGACGAUAACGACGAUGGAUACGAGUGCUUCAAACCAUGCACACUCUAAGGUGCACGUCAACGGUAGUGGUGGCAGAAUGGCUAGCCAUAGGAUCGGCCACAAGGGGUUCUUCGCCCAGCUCCCCGAGCGGCGCAGGAGAAACGUCCAUACGUCGGACUACUGCUACAUGAGCGGCCAGAACGACUCCUCCACGGAGAACUACCCCCAGGGGUGCAGCGUUGGGAGUAGCGACCAGAGCGGAGGUCAGAUUGGCGGUCAGGGCGGCGGUCAGAUUGGCGGUCAGAGCGGAGGUCAAAGUGGCGAUCAGAGCGGAGGUCAGAGCGGAGGUCGAAGCGGAGGCCAAAACAACAGCUACAAUGACAACCGGGGAGGGAGCGAACUCGCGGGUUCAGCCGAGAAUUACAGCUUCUAUGCGAAUCACUUGGGAGGUGGUGAGCAUCCAAGAGGAGGGAACACCAUAGGUGGUGCGGUUGCUGUGGACAGCGCGAAGGGGAUGAACAGCGUGAAGGGGGUGGACAGCGUGCGCGACGUUAAGGGAUAUACAUUCAACGGGGGGUACGAACGACACAACCAGAAUCACAUGAACGGCUUUACCCAACGGAGACAGCAGAGAAACGGGACCACCAGUCAUUACGGAGUGGGGGGGCAGCAAUGGACCAACCAACCCACGAACAACACAGGGAACAACAGGAUCCAUUUUACUAAUUAUGUGAACAGAAACGGGACGAUGCCAAAUAGUCGCUUCUCCUCGCAGAGGAGUGUUGCCACGGGGAGCAUUUUUUCUUAUGCCGAUGGGGGAAGCAUGCCUCCCCCCCAGGGUGGCAGCGCUCCGUUCAGUAGCGGUAGUGGCCCGUUUAGCAGCGGCGGUGCCCCGUUUAACAGCGGCAUUGUUAAAGCCGCCUCAGGUUUCGAUCCCAAUGGGUGCGCGAUAAACCCAGGGAACAACGGAGGGGGGAGUGGCAGUGGGGGGUAUCAUUACAACGGUGGUUACGACACGACGUUUAAGUCAGCUGGCCAUGUUAGUGGACGGAGAAAGGGUAGGAAUGCGCCGUACGUAGGUAGCUACGCGGCUAACUGUGCACUCAAUUAUGGAGCUAAUUGGUCCCCCGUCGCCGUCCCUAGUACAUCGCCCCACUUUGCGGCGACCCCAACGAAUGUCCACCAGAGUACACACGGGAAGGGGAACCACAUGAACACGGAUGGCUUGAACAACGUCCCAACGUUCGAUGAUCUCAAUUGUGAGGACACCGAGGUGGUGAUUAACAACGCAUCGGAGAAGACGUCACCAUGUGCGAUGGGAGCUAAGAAGUGGGUAAAUUAUGGUGCCAACGCAUGGAGGAACGAAAGCAAUGGAGGGGCCAUUCAGUACAGGAAAACGCAGCCAAGUGAGCAGAAGGAGCAGGAGGGGCAGAAGCAGGAGGGGCAGGGGCAGGGGCAGGAGGAGCAGGAGCAUAGGCUGUAUAACGGAAUGCAGGACGUAACUGAGAGGGAGGAUAUCGACCCAAUGAGAAGGAAAGCUGACCAGGGAAGUCAUGCUGAUGGAGUGAGGAACAAAAGUCGAAAUAGGUGGUCGAGAGGCGUGGAAGGAGUCCCCUUCCGCAGGGACACGAGAUCAGCAAAGGGAGAAAAGAAAGGAGACGUUCGAAUCGAUGUUACGCAUGAUGGUAACAAUGACGGUCGAGGAGAGGGAGAGCCCCCAAAGGGGAAUGAUUCACCCAUUGGUGACCCCCUCGAUGGGGAAGAAGAAAACGAAGAGAGAGAUAACGAGGAAAGCCGAUUUAAGAAGAAGAACCAGCUUCAUCCUCAGCUUCAGCUUCUACACGGAGAUCGAGAGAGUAGAGUUGGACAAGCUAUGCGAAACAAAAAGGAUGGUCUGCGUAAGGGUGAUUUAUUAGUCGGUACUACUCCCUGUGAUGAUGUGAUGGCAGUCGACGUGGCGAAGGAAAGGAAGUGCGUGGAAAUGGUUAGGAGCAACGGGACAGAAGGAAUGCCCUCCCAUUUUGAGGUUGUCCUUGGUGGAGAAAACUGCUCCUUUAAAGGGGAACCAAAGCAGAGCGAGAGAAAAGACAACGCAGAGUCGAACCGCUUAAAAAUCAGCCGAAUGGGAUCGAACGACACGAAGGUGGGUCAUGCUAACUCGUCCCCACGUGAGCAGGUAACGAGUAAAAUGAGAUCGCCCAAGCAAGGGGGGCAAAAGAGCGAAAGGAAAAGUGAGAGGACAUGCAACGAUUAUGGACCACAAGGAAGUAAUUUGGGGGGAACGAACAAUUUUUCAAAGAUAGAAGAACCCCUUCUUUGUCUCUUAGAAGGAGAGAAUGCAAAGUAUUCAAAUGACCCCACGGAGGGAGUCAACCAAUUCGACCUGACCUCGCACGACUAUGAGGUGUGUGCGACUGAACAAGAGCAACGCAUCGUUGUAGAGAAUCUGCACGACAGUGUUGAUGUGUAUACCCAGGAGACGGGCUCCCUCCCCGGGGGUGGCAGAGGCGAGCCGAACGAGAGUUCCAACAAGGGGAGUUACCGGAGAAAAAAUAAAAACAAAAAAGGCACGUACGAGAAAGGCGCGAAUGACGCAGGUGUGUACAAUAACAGAGUCAGCAAAGUGGCAAGGAGCAAAAGGAAGUGA